CUUCGUGCUCCAAAGGGAUGCUGCUUGCUGCUUCGCCAUUUGCAUUUGCCGUAAAUCACAUCAAAAGAAGGCCGAUCGCUCAAAUUCUCCAAGAAAUACUGACACAAGAACUUCGCCUCGUGUCGCUGCUUUUUGCUGAGACAUAGAGAGCUGUAAACAUGAGCUACCACAUGCCGCAGGGAGGACGCCACGCCGGGUACAACCUGAGCGACCGCGAAGCUGAGACUGCCAUGUGGCAGCAGGGCUCCUACCUGGCGCCGACCCAGGACUCGGGCAUCCACUCAGGGGUGCCCAGCCAGACGCCAAGUCUGAUUGGGCGCGACCCUGGUAACGACGAGGACGAUGGUGCCGAAGAUGGGCUCCUCUUCGACAUGGAUCAGAGCACCUUCACCCACACCUUCACCCAGGGUGAAGUUGAUGACAUAAACCAGCAGCUGAGCACAACUCGUAGCCAGCGUGUCCGUGCUGCAAUGUUUCCUGAAACGCUGGAGGAAGGAACUGAAAUUCCAUCAACCCAGUUUGAAACUACCCAUCCUACAGCAGUGCAGCGUCUGUCCGAACCAAGUCAGAUGCUAAAGCAUGCUGUUGUCAACCUGAUCAACUACCAGGACGACGCUGAUCUUGCCACCAGGGCCAUCCCUGAGCUCAUCAAGCUGCUCAAUGAUGAGGACCAGGUGGUCGUCUCGCAGGCGGCUAUGAUGGUUCACCAGCUGAGUAAGAAAGAGGCCUCCAGGCAUGCCAUCAUGAACAGCCCACAGAUGGUUGCCGCGCUUGUUCGUGCGAUUUCAAACAGCAACGAUUUGGAGACUACGAAGGGUGCUGUUGGCACCCUGCACAACCUGUCACACCACCGCCAGGGUCUGUUGGCCAUUUUCAAGAGCGGUGGAAUUCCGGCCUUGGUCAAACUUCUGAGCUCUCCAGUUGAGUCUGUGCUGUUCUACGCCAUCACCACUCUGCACAAUCUUCUGCUGCACCAAGAGGGCUCGAAGAUGGCUGUCCGUCUGGCUGGUGGGCUUCAGAAAAUGGUCGCCCUGCUGCAGAGGAACAAUGUCAAGUUCCUGGCCAUUGUCACCGACUGUCUGCAGAUCCUGGCUUAUGGAAAUCAGGAGAGCAAGCUCAUCAUCCUUGCCUCUCAAGGCCCGAUGGAACUGGUGCGCAUCUUGCGCUCUUACGACUAUGAAAAGUUGCUGUGGACCACUUCCAGAGUGCUCAAAGUUUUGUCCGUGUGCUCGAGCAACAAGCCAGCCAUAGUUGAAGCUGGAGGUCUUCAGGCUUUGGCUAUUCAUCUUGGACACCCGAGUCAGCGCUUGGUGCAGAACUGCCUUUGGACUCUCCGCAAUCUGUCUGAUGCAGGCACCAAAGUGGAGGGACUCGAAGGUCUUCUGCAAAGUCUGGUGCACCUUCUCGGCUCGGCAGACAUCAACUUCAUGACCUGCGCUGCUGGAAUUCUUUCCAACCUCACCUGCAACAACCAGCGAAACAAAGUGGUUGUCUGCCAAGUUGGAGGAGUUGACGCUCUCGUCCGCACAAUCAUUAAUGCCGGCGAUAGGGAGGAGAUCACCGAGCCAGCUGUGUGUGCUCUGCGUCAUUUGACUUCGCGUCAUGUUGAGGCUGAAAUGGCUCAAAAUGCUGUGCGCCUCAACUACGGCCUGCAGGUUAUUGUGAAGCUGCUGCACCCUCCCUCUCGAUGGCCUUUGGUUAAGGCCGUCAUUGGCCUCAUCCGGAAUUUGGCACUUUGUGCUGCCAAUCACGCUCCUCUGAGGGAGUCUGGUGCUAUUCACCAGCUCAUAAGGCUCCUCAUGAGAGCCUUCCAAGACACUCACAGACAACGUGCUGGCUCUGUUGCCAGUGACAAUAAAUCAGCUCCUUCUCCUCAACCCGGUGGAAAUGCCUCUCUGGUGUACGCUGAGGGUGUUCGCAUGGAGGAGAUCUUGGAGGGCACUGUUGGUGCCCUGCACAUCCUUGCCAGGGAGCACAACAACAGAAUUGUGCUGCUCAACCAGAACACUAUCCCAGUGUUUGUUCAGCUGUUGUUCAGUGAAAUCGAGAACAUCCAGCGUGUGUCUGCUGGAGUCCUCUGCGAACUUGCUGAGGACAAGGAAGCUGCUGACCUUAUGGAGCAGGAGGGAGCCACUGCUCCUCUUACCGAACUUCUCCAUUCUCGCAACGAGGGUGUUGCCACCUACGCUGCUGCGGUUCUUUUCCGCAUGUCUGAGGACAAGCCUCAAGACUAUAAGAAGAGGCUGUCGAUGGAGCUGACCAGCUCCCUCUUCCGGGAUGAUCACUCCCUCUGGACCGGAGGCACCGACUACAACAUGGCUCCUGAUCUCCAAGAUAUGCUAGGUGCCGCCGACUUUGAGGGUUUGUAUGUGCAGUCCCCACAACAGCGAGGCCAGCACAGCAUUUACAGUGGCCAGAACCAAUCAGCCUAUGCCACGCUACCAGUAGAGGGCCUGCAAGACCUGGACCUGAAUCAACCCCAGAACAACCCUCCCACACCGUCGUCGCUGCCCCCAAGUGGAGGCCAGCAGUCCCCUGCUGUGCCCAAUCCACCUCGUGACAACGGCAACCAACUCGCCGCCUGGUACGACACCGACCUUUAAACUUGCAUUUUGAGACUUCGUUUUUACUCUUAGACAAUAUUUAAACUAUAUUUUGGAAGACCACCAGGCCACAAUUCAUCAUAAUUCUUAAGUUUCAUGAAACGGUGCAGCCUUAUUUUUUUAUUUUUGGCCACUGAAUUAAAAUUUUAUUUAAUAGAGCAGCUAAAUUUUUAGCAUUAGGAUUUCCAAGCCAAAGUUAUAAAAAAGCUUGGAAUUUUUGUUUUACGGCGAAACGUAUUAUUUAGAUUGCGAUGGUGCUUGGGACAGGGGUUGACGUAACGCAACUUUUCACAGUGAACACUUUUUUUGCGCCCCUCCUAUCGGCUGGCAAGAACUUUGCCAAAUAUCGAGCUUCUACAUUUAGGCAACUGAUUCACUUAUUAGGAUAGAUCUCAAGCAAUUCAGCCGAGGCAACAGAUUUUUCUGGUUCUCCGUGUGCAGAACGAGAGAAAGUUUUCUGGCUCGGCCGCGUCUCUUUAGUUUUGACUGUCAUGAAUGUCGUUUUUAUAUUAUGACUUGAGUAAUCUAUCAUGCGUCUAAUAUUAAUUAUCAAUCACACACAAAUUAUGUAUACCGGUGGACAGUAGAUCGUGUCGGUUUUUUAAACUUGUAAGCAGUUCAAUGCACAAACCACACAAGCCCAUGAAUAUAAUAUAUUUAUUGAUUUGCAUCCGACUGAAGGUGAUUUUGAAGCAUGAUUCAACGAACAGGCAUUCGAGAUAGGAUAUUUAUCACACGAAGCAGCUCUUAACUUUUACACAGAUUAUAUAAUCCGCGUUUAAUUUUUGUAUGUUUCCUUUCUAGCAUAAAGCUCUUGAUUGUAUUUGCAGUAUAAAGACAGUUUUUUUGUUUCGACGGUUCAUACAUUCAAUCAAGUGUUUGCCAUAAUAUUAUUAUGAUCAUAAAUGUAGAUUAAAAAAUCUAUCGUGCAAUUAUUUGUAUUCAAUAAAUGUAUUACCAAUAAAUAAUAA